UUCCCCACAAAGUCAGCGGAAAGAGAAAAAAAGGAAAGAAACAAGAAACCCCCACCGCCGCCGCCGCCCCCGCCCGCAACUGCUCCCCGUCCCCCGCCGGAGCAAGCCUGCCACGUCGAGCGGAGGGAGCCCUCCCUCGUCGGCGUUCCCCUCCUCCUCCUCCACGCCUCCACCGGACUCGGGAGGGUUCCCCUCGCUGUGUAUGCAAUGGGGAGGAGUUUAAGAGCGGGACGCCAUGCAGAACUGGAAGACUCUGUGGCAGAUCCUGUCAGCGAAAAGCAAGCCUUCAGAGGGUGGAAGCAGUAUGUGAAAGAACUCAACUCGAACACACUUCCACCAUUUCUCACCCGCCUUUGUGACCCUGACAAGCCAUGCUCAUACUCUGAGGAGGAGCUCUUAUGCGUGUUUGAGACUGCUGCGGAAGUCCAUGGCUGCAACAUUGUGCCACAUAUCAGCCAGAUCGUUUCAGCCAUCAUUAGAAUCAUGUCUUCAGCCACAGGGUCCUUGCAUGGUGUUGGUUGCUCCAAGGUGAUACGCACAUUAUCACGCUAUGUCAUUGAUCCCCUGGGAACAGAAGAAGAGAAAAGUGGGAUCAUUAGCUCUCUCUGCAGUCCCUUUUCUGGUUGCUUGAUGAGCACGAAGGAGAGUGUAUCUUCUGGUUCUGCUCUCUGCGUCACUGCACUUAUCCAGUCCAACAAUUGGCAAUUUGCAUCUCACGAGUUAGUUAACGACAUCUGCUUAAAAGUCUCAGGGGCCUUAGGGGAGGUACGCUGCCAGACCAUUUCACACUUAGGCUUAGUGGUUGCUCUAUUGGAACAGAAUUGGUUGACACUUGAGCCUUACGGGCGGUCUUUGAUAAGAUCAGGCUUAAGUAUAUUGGACAAGAGUACUAAAGCAAGCAAUUCUCAGAUGAUCAUAUCAUCCAUUCAAAUGAUACACUCCAUCAUGAAGACUUUGGAAUUGAGCAUCAUAUUUUCUGAGAUCAGUAGCAUUAUCCAAGCUAUGGAGCAACUGAGGGAUCAUUGCAUGCCAGAGAUCAGCACUCCAGCUUUUCAGGCAGCUGAGACUGCUAAUACACUGUACAAGCAGGAAGAGUGUGGACAUGGCAAAAGAAUUAGUCCAUUGGCAAAAAUUCAUGAUGGAAGACAUAGGAGGAGGGGAUCAUAUUCACAUUCUGUUAUGGAUGAUGCGGAAAUAAGAAACUGCGGUUCAAAUGAAUCUCUGUAUGAUGAUACACAAUCUGUUAAUCGGUUCAGAGACCAUGAUUCCCAGCCUUCAGUGGGGCAAUACUCAGGUGUACCUGUAAGUGCACGGGUAAGGAGGCGACUGUUGAGUAAUGGUUCUGACAGACAACAUCAAAUGUCCAGUGAUGAGUUUCCUCGCACUAUUGUAUCUGAUUAUCGUGAUGGUGUCGGUGUGAUAGCACAAUAUGGUUCUGCUGGUCUGCUAGAUAAGUCAAUGAGGAGGUAUUCAGAUGUAUCAACAAGGACUGCUGAUCCAUGCCCUAUGUGUUUAACACCGCGAACUACUAAUCGAUGCUCUCAGAUAUCAAGGCGAGGAACUUUCUCAGAAGACGUUUGGAUGCAGUCAACCCCAAGGAAGCAGCUCCAGUUUCAUAGCUCUAGCAGUGAAUCAAAAAGAGAUACUCACAGAUUACCCGACAGCCCAUCUCUGAGACGGCACUGUUCAGGACAAUGUACAAAUGGUGAAGUUGAGGAAAGGAACGGCUACUGUGAUUCUGUUCAGCAUGACAGCCAGUGUCAUGUACAGAGCAAUGAUACCUCGAUAGAAGAUCUGAAGCUACCACCAACCAACAGUGAGCGUUCUGAUAGUGCAGGCGAAUCUCGAAGCGGAGAAUGUCGAGCUGAGAAUGAGAAGAUGACAAGAGUCAGGAAAGGGAGCAGAAACUGCUCUGGCACCCUACUUUUUCUCCUUGUAUGUGCUCUAGUGAUACUGGUCAUUGCGCUCUUGCUAGCUUGGUGGAAGGAGGAUCAGAGGGAGCCGUAUGUUGUACCCACAUAGUAGCGUCUUUCUGCCUGUAUGCAGGUUGUUCUGCGAUGUGCGUUGGCUUUGGUGUAGAUUGCGAGUUAAAGUGGGGUAAAGGUUGAGAAGUUGUGUUGAUUUAGUCGAACGAUAGUGAUAGUUUGCUGGAUUGUACAUUCUGAUUGUUGGCAUGAAUACCAUGAUAGUUUUGUGUUCA